AUGCCCAUGGUGAGGAAGCAUGGAUGGCAACUCCCAGCACACACAUUCCAGAUCGUUGCAAUUACUGUUUUCUUCCUUCUGGUGGUUGCAUUUUAUGCCUUCUUUGCACCGUUUCUCGGAAAGCAAAUCCUUGAGUAUGUCGCAGUCGUUAUCUACUCUCCUGUGGCAUUCGCUGUCCUCAUCCUGUAUAUCCGGUGCACUAGUAUAAACCCUGCAGAUCCUGGGAUCAUGUCAAAGUUUGACGAUGGCUAUGUCAAUGCACCAGAAAGUAAUACUGGCUUGCAGUGCACCAAUUUGCCUGCAAAAACUGGCAUUGCUACUGGAACCAACUCCCCAACAUCUACUUGUAGAAGCUCUCUAGAUGGGCGUACUAACCAUGGAGGUUUGGCUGCUGGAGACACAGAUAUAAAUAUAAGAAUGCAACCACUAAGAAGAUCAGGGUGCUACUUCGGAGGCUUUAUUUGCGCUUUGUUUGUUAAGGAGGAUUGCAGGAAGUCUGAUGAUUCAGAGAAUCAAGUUGAUGCAGAAGAUGCACUGUUUUGCACACUAUGUAAUGCUGAGGUUCGCAAAUUCAGUAAACAUUGCAGAAGUUGUGACAAGUGUGUGGAUGGAUUUGAUCAUCACUGCCGGUGGCUAAAUAACUGUGUUGGACGCAAGAACUAUUUCACAUUUUUUGCUCUGAUGACUACGAGUCUCCUCUGGCUUGCUAUUGAAGUUGGAGUAGGCAUUGCUGUUCUUGUUAUGUGCUUCGUCAACAUGAAUGCAGAAAAAAUUAUUCAAGACAAGCUUGGGAAUGGAUUAACUCGUCUUCCGUUUGCAACUAUCGUAGGAAUAUUUACUCUUCUUUCUCUAGUUGCCUGCGUACCUUUGGGAGAACUCUUCUUCUUCCACAUGCUAUUGAUCAGAAAGGGGAUCACCACUUAUGAAUACGUUGUUGCGAUGAGAGCUAUGAGUGAAGUGCCUCAAGAUGAAGAGGAAGAUGAGAGAGCAAACAUUAUUUACUCCCCAACAAAUUCAGCAACUAGUGGGUUCAGCGGCGGAAGUUCACUUGGUCUUCACUACAAGGGUGCAUGGUGCACACCUCCAAGGAUUUUCGUUGAUCAGGAUGAAGUUAUCCCACAUUUGGAGCAUGGCAUGGCACCAUCUACCGUCGACCCUGAUGCCACUGGACAUGCUGAAAGACCAAACAAAGCCAAGAGGCAAGUCAAAAUCAGUGCCUGGAAACUUGCAAAGCUGGACGGCAAUGAGGCGAUGAAAGCUGCCGCAAGAGCUCGGGCAUCGUCCUCCGUCCUCCGGCCUGUAGGUGCGCGUGGCCCUGGCUCCACUGGCAACUCUCAUCCUCAGAGUAUCGCGAGCCAGGAUGACUACGAGACCGGCACGCAGAGUGCUAGUAGUUUGAGCAGCCCAGUCCACAUCCAGAAGCUUGCACCUCGCACCCAGAUGAAUGUGCCGCCGCCUCGACCGCCGGAGAGGCCUGGUUUUCCGACCACGCAGGCAACCAAUCCAAUAAUGUUCCGGCCAGCAACAUCCUACGCUCGCGAGAACCGAAGAGCGUCGGUUGUUUGGGAUCAAGAUGCUGGUCGGUAUGUGUCUGUGGCAUCCGCACCUGCAAGACCUGGGGGAGUUGCUGCUGGUUCUUCUACUAGAGCGCCACGUUUCUUGGAAAACCCAAGUGGUGGGAGAAAUCUUGCGCCAAUGAGUGCCUCUUCCUUGGCAUUACCAUCUGGACAGCCGUCUGAGAGACUGGCCUACUCUGGACAGUCGAUAUUCUUGGGCGGGCCGGUUCUGGGUGCUGCUGCUGAAUCUCGAACGAAUGAGGCCAACACAAGAGCACGGCCGGAUGACAGUGGGGAGCUCAACGCCGAUCAGCACCAUGCAAGGGGGACUGGGGAGAGGGGGCCAACGGCCGAGUCUUUCCCACCGGGAACAUUUCAAAAGAAACCACCAUUCAACAGGUGA